CAAAUAUAUCUAGUACCGAUUUACUAACUAAAGUUUACAUUUUGAAUAAGAAAGCUAUCACCAUGGACUUUCCAAAAGUAAACAUCGGUUAAGCAAAACCCAAAUUUUGUUCAUUUGUGCAUGUGAUUUGUACACUUACCCGACGCGCAGCGGUGCGGCUGUCGCAAUUUUUACUUCAGCCAAUUGCUUCAGCGCAGACAGUUAGCAGGCGUCUAAGCAGCUGAGAACGAACUUAUAAACUGGCAGUUUGUGAAGCGUCUGCGAGUUUAAUUAUGACUGUGUACUACCUUGCACAACAUUGUGCUGCCGAUAAGCGACAAUUUUAUGACGCAGCUUCACCACGAGCUUCAGCUUAAUAUAAAACUCGUGCUACAGCACCGCCUACAAUACGUUUCGCAAAUCGUCGAUUUCGUAACACUUCUAGAAUAAAGUACAGAUAUUGGGACUUUUUUUUUGUAUUAAGUCUUUUAUGGAGAUGGCAAUACAGCGUAAGGAUAUGUAGCGUUGCCGGAAAUCGUUGCGAAAGUGAGAGUGGUGUACAUAUCCAAGAGAAAACCGACGAACAAAUAAAUAGCAGUACGGGUGUUUAACUACUUAAAUCCCGCUAAGUUGAAAGAUAAAAAGCUUAUUAAACCGCUAUAGCCGCCUCAGUACGAAGGAGAGCUUUCGCCAUAUACGAAGUAUGUCUAUCUACUGCAAUCUUUUGUUUGUAUCGCCGUGCCGCCGUGCGCUCUCAUGAAUGAGCUCCGUUGCUCUCGCGAAUUCUCGCGUAGUGACGGGAUUUCGUGAAGUAAAACAUGGAAGAUGGCGGCUGAUAGUGAUGUGCGGUUAAUAGAGCGAUUACGCGUUGUGAUCGGCGAAGCAAAGAACCUGCCGCCUAGGAGCCAUGGCUCGGUGGAACAGCGUGACGUCUACUGCGCCAUCAAGCUCGACCAGGAGGAGAUAUUUCGCACGACGACCAAGGAGAAAACCCUCAAUCCCUUCUUCUCCGAGGACUUCCAAUUUGAAGUGCCACGGGAGUUCCGGUACCUCUCAGUCUAUGUGGCUGAGCGAGAGCGGGCCUCUAACAAGGACAAAGUGCUGGGCAAGGUCUCUAUCAAGAAAGAGGGAAUGCACAAGUUUUAUGGCAAAGACAACUGGUUCCCUAUCAUGCCUGUAGACGCCGACUCAGAAGUGCAGGGAAAAGCUCACAUUUCAGUUAGGUUAGAGCCGUCAACGAAGUCUUCCAUAUAUGGACCCUGUGCAAAACUUGUAGUAAGAGUGACAGAAUGCAGUGACCUGAACUUGGUGAAUGGCUCCUGCAACCCAUACGCUCAAGUGACCCUGUGCCAUGGCAACACUAAGCAGGAGACCCGCAAAAGCAAAGUCCGUCGGAAAACAGUCUGCCCCCGCUUUGAGGACACCUUCUUCGCCUUUGAUCUCAAGCCGCAGCGGUCAGACAAGCAGAUACGCUCUAUAAAGGAUGAGCUCAGCAACCUUGAACUUAGGGUGUGCUUGCAGCAUGACCUGAGUGGAGUAGGUGGCAUGUUUGGAAGUGUGUUCCUCGGGGAGGUGCGGAUCCCCGUCCGCGACCUUGGUUUGGAACGAAGCUGUUCCCACCAGGCCUGGUACCUUCUGCAGCCACGCUCAGAGGGUCAGCGCUCACCCCCAACUGCCACGGGACCAUCUUCAGCCAAUGGAGCGGCAGCAGGCAGCCUCGGCUCCCUGCGACUCAAGCUCUUCUUUACAUCGGACCGAGUCUUCUCUAGUCACUUCUACAUGGACCUUCGUGAGCUCUUGCUCAUGUCACCCACUGUAAAGCCAGUGACAUCAAGUGCAGCUUAUGUGUUGGGCGAGAUGGUGCAACACAAGGACGACGCCGCUCAGCCUUUGGUUAAAAUUUUCAAGAGCCACAGCUCUGUUCUACCCCUGCUGCGAGCACUGGCGAGCUGGGAGGUGGCUGGUGCAACGGAUCCGCACACUAUUUUCCGAGGCAACACGCUGGUCUCCAAGUGUGUUGAUGAGUACAUGAAGCUGACAGGCAUGCUCUACCUGCAAGAUACUCUCAAGACAGUCGUGGCAAAGAUUCUAACUGAGCGGCUACCAUGUGAAAUCGACCCCACAAGGCUGAAGGAUGGAGAGUCCCUGAAAGUAAAUGAGGCACACCUCCGAGGCUACGUAGGUUCCGCACUGUCAGCCAUUGUGGGCUCAUGGGUGGCCUGCCCAUGGGAACUGUGUGACCUAUUCUCCAUGCUACGGAGCCUGGCAGCCGAUCGUUUCCCUGGCCGCAAAGAGCUGCAGUACUCUGUGAUUUCUGUCUUCCUCUUCCUGCGCUUCUUCGCGGCAGCCAUUCUCAGCCCCAAGCUCUUCGAGCUCUCCUCCCAGCCCAUUGAUGAGCAGUGUCACAGGACACUGACCUUGGUGUCCAAGUCCAUACAGACCCUUGGGAACCUUGUCAGCUCUACAUCAGCACAGCCGUUUUAUAAAGAAGACUACAUGAAAGAGUUUUAUGAAAACUUCAUAACGGAUGAGCACAAGGAAGCUGUGAGACAGUACCUUGAGCUCAUCUCCUUGAAGAAUGUCCCAAUGCGAAACCUUGACACACCAUCCAUUGUCCUGAAGGAAGGGACUAUGACCAAAAGGGCGCAAGGGCGCAACAGGCUUGGCCUCAAAAACUUCAAGCGUCGCUACUUCUGCCUUACCACCAAGGAGCUGUACUACUCAAAGACGAAAGACUCGAGUCCCCUGUGCACCAUUCCACUGGAUGAAAUCUUGGGAGUGGAAAAGGUGCAGGAAGACUCAUUCAAGAUGAAGAAUGUGUUUCAGGUGAUCCAGAAGUCUCGAGCAUUGUACAUCCAGGCCAACAACUGUGUAGAAGAGAAGGAAUGGCGGACAAUCCUCACCCGCAUCUGCCACUUCAACUUAUGCCGCAUCCACACCUACCACCCAGCUGCCUUCCUCAAGGGCCACUGGCUCUGCUGCAAAGAAGAGAGUGAAACGGCACCUGGCUGCUCGCCCGUGACCUCAUAUAACCUCGCCGACAUCAAGGUGACCAUCGACACAGACCGAGAGAUGCAGCGGGUCCACUCUAUCUUCCUCAACCAGAUGCACAUCAUUGAAAGGCUUAUAGAGACAUGUCGGCAGCAGCUGCAAGGCCCUGCUGUACCAGGUGUUGAGUUCAGGCUUCCACCUGGGUUUGUGGUCGAGGACCCAGCCAGCCUGCUGACCACAUUGUCUUCCAUCAAGACUUUUGUGGAGACCAUGGAACUCAAGCAUGAACGACAUCGGCACCAUCUGUACCGACAGACACAGUACGGCUCCAAGCAAGCACCCAUUGGAGACGACAACUACUUGCUCAUGUUCGCGCGGCAGCAGCAGCAGAGGACCGCCUCAGUGCCCAGUGCCUCCUCGCUGGCGCGACCCCUUACCAGUGAUCUCAACAUUCCUCUACCACCUCUCCCUGCACCAGCGCUGCCUCCCUCGGGCAGUGCCAACGGGAGCCUUGUCAGCCACAUGGACGUGCCUUAGCCGCUGCUUAUCCUCCUCUCAUCCCUCUGAAGCCACAUGGAUUCUCUGCCUUCCCAGUGCACACUGCCGGUCCCGCUGCUAUGAUGGAACGGGACCUGCAUCGCGCCAAGCCCGAGGCCCUUUUGGUAGAUGUGCCAACUUCCCAAUGCCUUCUCUUACAGUGGUCCCUUGCGUGCCCCCCUUUGCAUUGGCCAAACACAAGUCGGUGUUUACAGGGGGAAUUCAAGCCAUGUUGCUUCCUAGUCGGUCACCCGAGGUCCUUCUCAUUCACUUGUGAAGCCCUGUACAUAUUAUGUGCACUGUGAAUGCUGAACUUGGGUAAAGAGAGAGAGAGAGAAAAAUCUCCUCCAAUAGUUACGACCCAUGCCGGUGCUCUGUGGAGGAGGAAAGACUUAAUCACGUACUCAUUGCUUAUUUCAUUCCAGAGUGAAGGGGCUGUAUGCUGCCACGAUUAACGAACUUGGGACUGACGUGUAGCGAGCUGCACAUGCGAUGAAUAUAAUGUGACUUUAUUGUGCUUUAAGCUUGUUACCUGCAAAGCUGUCGGAAGGCGUGGAUGUAGUCAUCUUGGACAGUGUGUAAUGGACCCAUGUGAUGUAUGCAGCAACAUUGCAAGCUGAGUCGUUAGGACAUGAAUGUUGGGGUGGCACGUCUUAUUGGGUCACCGUGCCCUUGCUUGGCUGUCAUGGCUUGUUGCUUGAAUGUCAAGGCCUGUUGUGUUAUUGCACGUGAGGCCUUGGUCUGGCUGCACCACUUACAGAGCCUGAUAUAUGAUGGGCAGUGUUGUCAAUGUUUUGUGCACAGAUGUGUGGAAAAACCUUGCUGUAUUAUCCCAGGUCAUAAUUCAUCUCCGUGACAUCACCCAGACUCCUUUCUCUCGCAAAUUGUCUUUUUCACAAAGCGUACCAAGACAUCAUUCACCUUGAAACAGUCAUGCAGAUAAUGCACUGCUACAGCUAACCUACGCACAUUAGGGGCAGCUUGCAACAGCCAUGGGCAACAUUUUACUGUUUAUUUGUUCUUCUCGUAAGCAUGUCUGCGAGGGACUUGUAAGCACGCAUCACUGGGAAAUGUCUACGAAGCAUGACAGUUAUUGGCUUGCUAAUUCCUCAUACCUGGCUUGCAAAAUUUUUCAAUUUCUUUAUUUAUUACCGAGACGCUGCCUAUAUUUAUUACCGAGACGUCGCCUACCAAGCCUUUUCACUCACUAGAUCAUGUGGGCGACGACUGGCUAUUUUGGUAGCUGCUUGUUACAUCUGCUCACUGAUGCAACUCCAACAGCCUGGCAUCAUUAUCGAUUGCCCAGAAGCUCCAGAUUGUGAUGUGUUAGUGUUUCCAACUGCUUGGUCAAACAUUUUUUCUGAACAAGCACAGCCUAUCUAUAAAACCAGUUUUCCCAUUGUGGCAACAUGUAUCAUUUAGAGGUUGGAGCUGUUAAAAGUGAAUGCAUCCCCUUGCAGCUGCAUUUUAGAGUGGCAUUGCAGCCUCAAAAUUUUUCACAAAUGAGUAGUCCGUAACACUGCAAAGAGGUUCCCUGAGCAUACAAGACUAGCUAUUUGCACCGGAAGCAUGUUGUGUAAUUGAAAAGUAAUACCGUAUUUGCAUGAUUAUAACACAAGGUUCUCUUUUCUUUUUUCUUGUGGAGUCAUCAGCUUGUGGAAACAUCUCACGUGAUAUUUGGAGUCAUUGUUCUGAAUAUAGCGCAAGAUUUUCUUUCCCGUUUCACCGUUCAAUACACAAUGAGCCCAACUAUCACAUACCUGAGUUGUGGGGAAAAGCGAACCUUUCAGUGUUGUAGGAAGAACACAGAUGUGCUUUUAUAGGAGCAGUCGUGCGUCUCCAAGAAAGUAGGAUCGGUACGAACGCUCGGUGCACUGCAGAGGCGCACACCUGUACCGAACCUUGCACAUGUACAGGUGUUCCAGGACAAUUUUGUAUUGCUGUUGCAUUGACACAUUAUAUUUUGAACCUGCAGUAUGGUUUGCACUAUUAAUCAUGUAUAUAAAAUUUGUUGACAUUUUUUUCUCAUAAAAAGUCUCCCCUCGCAUUAUAUUUGUGGUCACAUUAUCUUCAUGCAAAUACGGUACCUUUUUUCAGUCCUGAGCACAGAUCCACAAACGGCUCGUGAGGUUUUGCAGCGAGACUCAAAUCUACCAUUCUGUGCAUCUUUUACCACCUAUUUUACCAAAUAGACAAUCUGUCAAUCCCUGUUAGCGCUCUUCUCAUUUCCUGCUUUUUGAGUUACGGCGCCUCAUUGCGGUAUACCUGUUGCCUCAGCUCGGUAGCAAUCAGCCCCUGUAAAGUUUAUUUCAUUUGAAGUGGAUGUAAGCACAAGUUUCUCUACUCUACACAGCUUCACAAUGUAGCUGGGUCGCAUCCUUUUUGGUUGCACAAAUGCAUGCAUGGUGUAUUGUGUACUGCUUCUCAUAAUCCACACCCUCAUUCUGUUCAUUUGAAAUGUUGCAUAAAUACAUGAACAAGUCCUGAGGCUUUCUGCCACCAACGUCGAGAUGCGCGAAGUGCUCUCAUCAGUUAACUGUUUAAAGAUAUUCUGAACAAAGCAAGAGGACAAACACAGCUGCUGCUAAAAAAAAGUUCACUCAUGUCACACACGUAGGCUUGUAACUUUUUCCAACCAUGGCAGCGGGCAGUUUUGUUGAUACUUUCUACAUUUCUUGUCUGCCUGUUUGUGUAUUUUUAUGUUUCUACUUGUGUAGUAGUUGUCUGUGUUUAAUAUAAUAUAUAUAUAUAUAAUAUACAUAUAUAAAUAUAUACACAUAUACCAUACCUAUAUAUAUAAUAUACAUAAUUGUAACAUGUUACAUGUGAACCCAUGAGUGAUGUGCACACAAGGCCUUCCUUUUUUUCUUUAGUCGAGUUGCAUGUUGAAGAAACGGAAGAUGUGUUAAGGGUGUAGUACUUGGUGAAUUUUCAUUGCCAGGGGUGGCAUUCACUAUGAAAUACGCAUAUAAAUGAGGAGUGCAGUUUACUGUGAGAGUUGGCUUUCAUUAACUUAUUUCUGAUUCAGCGGGCCAGGCAAAAUUGAUUGUGAUCACCCAGUGCUCCAAAUAAAGGGCGCAUUUAAAAACCUUGGAUGCCUUUUGGUGCUACUGAUUAGUCAAGCUACACUGAAGGCUGUAUACUACCCGACAUUGAUAAACAAAAGUUGAAAUGUAAAUUGAUUAGAAUGUUAGUGUUUUGCAAUAACUUCUGCAAAUACUGCAUUUUAAUAUCCAGUAUAUGUUUUACAGCUAAAAUUUGUCCAUGCAGCUGAGCGCCACUGCCUGCAUCAUUGCUAAGGUUGGCCAGUCAAGGCACUGAAUGACAAAGGAAUAAAGAUAAAAUUGUUGUACUAUGCCAGCCCUGCACAGCACCAGAAUAAUGUUGUUUCUUGAAGUGCAUGCUAUCAUGGCCUUUGCACCUUUUUUAUUUUGUGGUUCCUUGGGCAUCUACAUGUGCUGUCUGCCACUGUUUGGUGGUGCAGAAGUAAAUACGCAAGUGCAAGCAUUCAAAAGAUCCAGAGUUUGAUUUAUUAGUUUGUUUAUUUAUAAUUCUUGUGGUCCAUUAUCAGAUUUGCCCUGCCCUUACUAGACCUGAUUGUGCUUCUUCCCAUGCAACUCCUCGCUUUAAUUUAUAAAAUGUAAACAAGUGUUACUAACCUAACCAGGAGUGUCUUUUCAUAGCUACGAUGUACAGAAAUGGAACCUAGCAGGACUUAUUAAGUGCGGUGUAACCAACCACCCUCUUGUGUCCCGAUACAUUUUGCUCGACAGAAUUGGGUUGGAUUGCCCAUUUCAUUAGCUUAAGACAAAAAAGGCACCAUUUCACCAGCUCAUUCAUGCAUUAAGUCACUAUCAUAAUUGCACAUAGUUAGGCCAUAGAUCAUUUCUUACCACACUCGUUGAGUAUUUUUCGCCUCUGUGUUUUACUGCUUUGUUGCCUUGUUUCCCUUAUACUGCCUCUGCAUCAUGUUUCUGAGAUGUCUUGUUGCGGUUACUCUUUUUGUUGAAUUCAUGAUGUGACGCACCUGUGUCCCAGUGACUUGUGUUGAAAAGUGUAAAGAAAUAUUUUGCAUGCUGCGUGCAAGCAUUUUGUCAGAUACAGGUGGAGUUUUACUAAUUUGAUUCCUAUUUUAAUUUUAUUCUAUUUGGAGAUAUAUUGUUGCUGUACAUGAAAAACUUUCUAGUUUGGUAGUCAGUUGACCUGAGCCUGGUCUAAUACUUAUUGGUUAAUAAUUUUCUUAGCUGCAUUGGUUUUGAGAUCCCAAGCACCAAUUAGAAAUCAAGUGAGAAAGGGUCAGUGGCAUGUGCUGUACACCUACAGCUAGUCACAAAAGUUUACAGGACAGGUUCCUAAAAAAAAAUUUGAAUUUCCCUUUUAAAGCAAGGCGCUUCCGAUUGAAUGGAUCACUGUGUGGUUCAUAAAAACUAUUCCCAAAAUUGAAUUAAUGCAAAUCCAUCAACACACUGCACUGACAAGCUUCAAAGCAGCACCGAAUCGCCUGGUGUGCUUUAGUAGAAAAGCACAACUUCCCAUUUGCACUGCCGCACAAGAUGCUUGCCAACAGCCUCGGUGCUUCCUCUGUCUUGUUUGUUGCAGUACUUACAUUUGUCGUGCCACCAUUCAGGUGUAGUAGGCGUUCGGUGAUUCACAAAGUCCUCUUAAAACUGUGGUGAAUGUACAAACUGACAUUUAUGUUUUCUUUUGUCAAGAAAUAUGGGCACACACUACACAUACAGUUGCCCUUUGUCAUUUGGCAGCGUACUGUAUAGAAACUUAAAGGGCAUGUGUGAUGCCUCAGACUUGGUGUCGUAAAGCGUUGGGGUCACUGUGGUAUGUAUGCAGCUUUGCUCUUGCAAGGAAAUGGUGAUGGACUUGGCGAGAUAGGGCUGGUGGUGUGUUCCAUGUUGGAUAAAGGCAGCAAUAUUGCUUGUGGCAAUGUGCUUUCUUUUUUUUUUUUUCUUUUUUUCCAGACGUUUAUAUCGAAACACACAGAACAAGUUUUAUAGCAGAUUGCAAUGUGUAGCAAGUGUAGUGUGUAUACUACUAACAACUAGCAGCCAUGUUACUACCACCGUGCCUUGCUUGUGCGAACGUACCGUUCAUGAAAGUUGUGUACGUCAAAUGCUCUAGAAAUCUGCAUGGGAGAGAGCCCUUGCAAAAUUUGCACUGUAGAAUCUUCAACGGGAUGUUUUUGUUCACUUGGCUAGGGAAGGUUUUCUUUUCUUAUUCUCUCAAUUAUUGCAACUGAGAAGUGCAUUCACAUCUUGCUUAAAUUUUUCAAAACUGAGCUGUAUGCACAAAGUCUACAUUCUCGCUCAUUUUUUAUAUAGAGAGAGCAGUGCGCCUACAUGGCAACAUUUUGUAAGGCAAGAAGCAUCUAUGCAGAAGUGUUUUGGAGCAUUUUCUUGCUCUCCUCGCAACGAGGAGGGUGUCAUUUACAUAAUUCUAGUAACCAUAGUGCCCCUGUCACACGAGCUGCAUAAAGGUCACUUUAUGUAAAUGAGUUUGCUUCCAGUGUAGUAGUCCAUUCAAACCAGUGAAACAGCUUUGACUUACAAGUGCUCCUGAAUAGCCAUUACACUGCAACGAAGCACAGUUUUUAUGUGACGCUCGCGUCGAAAUAAAAUGACCUUAUUAUGGCGCCCGUGUAACAGGGGUAUGAACGUUAUCGCCUAUUCCACAUUUUGCUGUUGAAGAGUUCAUGUUAAUGUGUUGCCAGAAGCUGCCUUCUUCACGUCUUUGGACUCCAUGUGGUGGCACAAAACAUGGCUCUAAUGGUCACAAGCGAAAGUUGGUUGCGUGGACACUAUUUAUUGAGAACUAAACAUAUUUACUCCAACCAAGAACAAAGCUGUGGGAGUGCCUUUCUACUUCUCUGUUGUAUGUGUAUGUUACCAUUGUUCACGUAGCGAUGAGUAAAUGAAUUUUAUGCAACA